UGAAAGUGAAGCGGUCAAUUUGGUUCUGUUUGUCUGUACUCGGCGUUCCUGUUCUACUCGAUCUAGUGUCCGUUGGCAUCCAUGAGUACUUUUUCAGGUGAAAGUCAAGAUGACCAAAGUUCUACGAGGCAUCGUUCACCUAUCAAAAGGAGAUCAAGAAGUCGUUCUCCUCAACAAAGUCGAGUGAGAUCAAAACGCAUAGUCAUCGCAAACAUCCCAUAUGAUUUAAAUUGGCAAAAGCUGAAGGAGUUGUUUAGAGAACAAAUCGGGUUUACUGGCUUUCUACAGUUGUUUAAAAAAAAUGGAAAACCAAACGGUAUGGGUUUGAUGGAGUUCAAGACACUCGAAGGAGCACAAAAAGCUAUUGAAAUGAUGCAUCGGUUUGAAGUUGGAGACAGAAAAUUGGUUGUUCGACAAGAGACUGCUCGUGAUGCUGCUCGCUUUGCAUCAAUGGAAGUUGACGGAGGGCUUCUAAGUGAUUCUGGAAAUCCCAACGAGUCUGUAAAUAUGGCAGCAGCAGGACCUGUCUUCACUACUCAAAUCUUAGGUCAAGUCGGCAUGGACGGGCCAAUCACUGAUUCUGUGUACGUCAGUAAUCUUGACUAUAGUGUAACGUGGCAGAAGCUUAAAGAUGUCUUCAAAUCAGCUGGGAAAAUUCUCAGCUCGGUUAUAAAAACAGACUCAGAAGGGAAUUCUCGUGGUGUUGGCAUAUUAAAAUUUUCGAAUGCGUAUGAAGCAGUCCAAGCCGUCAAUAUGUUUAACAACCAGUAUCCGUAACCUUGUAUCGGAGAAAAUGUGACGGGUAUAGAAAGUUCCAACUUUUCAAGUUGAUUCGAAUAAUUGGAAGUGGUCUAUAGAAAUAUCAUAUACCUCAACACCAGCAUAUGGAUAAAAGAUUUUUCGUCUCUUCUGGUUGACUUACAAGAAUGGAAAAUCUCGAAGGUUUCUUACUUGAACCGAAGCCAAUGUGCAAUUUCAGACCACGUCUUCCAGAUUGGGUCAAAGUAACGUCAUGUUUAGUAUUGAUGAAUCAUUGAUAUUUGGCUGCAAUAUCCUUGUCGAUUAACGUGAGGUCUUGGUUGAUACAGUACACCAACCCAUAGAUGAUGCUUCGCAUACGUUAGCCUUCCAUUAACAUGUUUUAAAGUGACAGUGUAUACCGCUUUCUGGGUUUUUCGAUAACAUUGUCUAUCAUCGGAUAUUUCGUUAUUGCAUUGUUGAUAAAAUGCUUCUGGAAGUUUGGCUGUACAGUUUUUUUUUCGUUCGUAAUUCCUGACACUUAUAUACUAUCUUCACAUUUGUUGCUUCGUGGUGUAUGAAGAGACUAAAUUCAUACUACUUUUUGCGCUAGAUAUUAAAAGACAGACCAAUGCGUGUAAAGAUUGAUCGCCAGGGUACUCCUGCUUCAAUGAACAUAGUUUAUCCCCCACAACAACGAACUGGCUCAUCUGGAAUUCUGGGCUCCACUGGUUCAGUGAUCCCCUCCAAUCCUAUCCUGACUGACCAACAACAAUCUUCAAAUAUUAUUGCUGCUCUUGUGACUUUACUUGGUUUGAAAACAAAUGCCGAUACAAAUCCUCAGAGUGGCAUAAUUGAAGUUCUUCGUAAUUUGGCGUCAAAUGCAAAUCUUUCUGGGGGUCUGAAUACUUUGGCAACUACUGGAUCAUCUAAUAACUCUUCCAACUUCACUGGUCAGUCAUUGUCAUCAAUCCCAGAUGCUUCACCAAGUAUGAAUCUUGUAAACUACGUUUAUGUUCUGUGCUAUUUCUAAGACUUACAAACAUUGUGUGUUAGUUUUACAUUUUAUUAUUUAGAAUUAUGUGCAGAUUUAAGUUCUCACUUAUUUUCCAUCAGGUAUACUGCCCUCAACCUAUAUUUAGUCUGUCAAAAUGCGAAAUUUAAAGAAAAAUCGUUUUCAAUUGAGAUCAUGAACCUGUCAGUGUUAGACCAGCAUCGAAAGCCUGGAAGCACUAGACGGUCGUUUCAUCCUAAUAUGAAACUCCUCGGCAGAUCCGUACGCGGCACUCGAACUCAGGACCUUUGUUCUCGCGCGGAUGCUUAACUUCAUUUCAUUUUUCAGUUAUAUCAUUGUUCUCAACCCACAGAAUUUGAACAAUUGAAGGAUGCAUGCACAUCGAUCAGGAUCGUUACCAGUUGUCAUCAGGGUAAGAAACAACGGUGAAUUUGCCUACUGUCUAAUGACAAUUCUCAACUUCUCAAAAUCUUGUAUAUCCGGAAAUGACUAACAGAUUCAAACUUAUCUAUAUUUACUUUCUAAGGUUAUGAUUGCUUUGUAGUGCAAUAUUAUCGUCAAGUUGUAUGUGUGGUAGAUCAAGUAUUUAUUUCUAUGUUCCACAUUUAAACCUUAUGAAACUUAAAUUGUUAGUUCCUAAUAGUGUUGUCGUUGUUCAAAUCUUCACUUAUCUAAUUUUUCAUGUUUGUUUAAGGUUCAGGAAUCAAUCGAUCCUACUCAGGUCAACUCCCUCAAGAUGGAUUACAACAAUUAAUUUCAGCAGCUGUCGCUGGUGGAAUGUCCCAGACACAAAUAACCUCUGUAUUAUCGACUCUAGGUUUAUUCCAGGUAUGUAUACAUAUCUACGAAUUCUUUCAAAAAUAGUGCAGUUUGUCCAAUAAAUACGCAAACUAUUCCACGAAGUUUUUGAAUUAGAAGACUUUAAUUGCUAUGAUUCAGAAUUGUUCGCAGCAGCGGAGGUGCAUUCUUUCCUUGUCUUUUAGAAUCUGAGUCUUUGUAUCUCCUCAAACCUCUUUAAUUUUUCUAUACCUUCAUUCACUUAUUAAUCACCUCACCUUAUCCCACGGAUUCCCGUCUCCGGCGGUAAGGUCCCAACGAGUACACAAUUGACAAAAAUUACUGACAAAAAGGUCAUGUGUGACAGGCCUCAAGCAGUUGUCCCUUUGGGACUAAGGUCAUGCUCUCAAGUCGCUAAGACCACCUCGAACCCAAUUUCCUUUCCAGGUGCAUGCAGAAAAAACCCCAUCUUUCUUUGUGGCAAGGCAGCACCGCUGUUAUGCUGGUUGUCCGAAGGAAUCCCCUUGUUGCCACCACACCUCUAAUCAGCAUCACGACUUCACCCUCGGACCUUGAACAUGCUGCUUUUAGUCUUACCACUCUUCAGCCGACCUACCUGGCAUGGUAGGACCUUGAGAAACAAUUGUUCCAGGCAGUAUAGCCCGGUCGAUUCAUCACGAUAGCCAAGCCCAACCACCACGUCAGGGUAGUAACAACGGUUGGGUUACUAAUCAGUGAAGUGUCUUAAUUUUACUAUGAGCAUAUUGUCUAUCCAAUAAAUAUAUGAUAAUCUACCUACACGUUAGUGUUGAUUGUUGUUUAUGGUCUUUAAUUCGAACACUAAGCCAGAUUAUCCUCUACAUCCACCGGACAGCCCCCUAGGGUAUCGUCUCACGGAUGUUACAGCUAAUAGGGGACAUUUUGAAGGCGAUUGAUGAAGCCUAAAUUUUGCAUACGCUUUUAUAAGUAACUCAUUUAUUGGACAUUCCACUUAUUUUCAUUAGGUGUCUAUUUUUUUUAUUAGCUCUUAUGGGAAUUAUUGGUAUAGUUGUGAGCAGAUUCUUAUUUUUACGCACAGUUACACCUGUAGGUAGUACCACUCAUUUCUGUUUUCGGGGCUAAUUAUUUUUCUAAAAAUGUAUUUAUGCAUUCGUUGUUUAAAGCUUCUGGCGCUGUUUUGUUGAAUUUAGUCUGCGUGUGUAUUUUUUGUUCGAGUGUUUUGUGGCUAUCAAGAUUUUAAUGAUUACUAACUAGAGGACUAAUUUAUCCGUUUUCUCAAUGAUUGAUAUCAAGUGAUUCUGUCCAAUUUGUUGAAUUCUAUCAUUGAAAUCAAGGAGAUGAUAGACAUUUUUUUGAUAGUCAUACAGAUUUCUGGGUUCAAACAAAAGGAAAACUGUUCCAUAAAUUUUGAAGUAAACAAAUAAUUCAUUAUCUUGAUUUCUUAAUGAUUGACUAUUAUUCUACAGUGAUUAGAUCAGUUUUUUUCAAGGCUGGAGUUGGCUACGCGAACAGAAUUAUUCAUUUUGUGUUCUUAAAACUUCUCGACUUUAGUAGGUUUGGAAAAAGGGAGGAUUCACAUGUGCGUAUGUAUGUAGUUGAUGUCAUUCUUCUCUUAGAAUAGUCAUCUUAUCCUUAAAACAUUCAACAAGUUUAUCCAGUAAGUUUCGGUUUUCAAAUCAAAGAUUUAUAUUGUUUAGUUUGUCUAUUUUCUAACACAUUAUCAGUAUGUUGGAUUAGAGACAAGAAAAGUGUUUGUUAAUUAUCCUGGGGAAUACUGUAUGUGGAUUAUGUUGUCAGGACAAAUGAAUGAUUUUUUAAAAUAUACAUUAUCUGGUGUCGUUAGUUCGUUCAGUUGUGUCACUCUUCUCUUAUCUUCACAUAUUAUAUUAUACAUACAUAUGUGUGUGUGUGUAGAAUUCUCAUUCGGAUCAUCAGUCUGGUCAGUUGAAUGCUUCAAAUAUUAUUGGUCGAGAUGGUGGUGGGUGUGGUGACAGAAGCGUUGAUAGAUCACAUUUUGACAAUGGAUAUGUUGGUCGUUCAAAGUAUGAAAUUCCAGGUGAGCUAGACUGUGUGAGUGAACUUGUGUUGUUGUGUACUGCAUAAGUUCGAUUUCGUUGAUUUGUAAAUCUGUUAUUCUCCACUGAUGUUUUCCCAAUACAGUUCUAACUGGUAUUUUUAUUGAUAUUAUCUGUGACCAUUACAGCUGUGUGUAUUUCUAUAGUCGUUAAUAAUUAUAAACCAAAGUUUUUGAAGGUAUUUUUUGUUUUCCGUGAUGGAACUCACAAUACCUCCCGUAUUUUUUAGUCAGAGUUCCGGUGUCAUUUUAGGCUUUUGUACAGCAGUUCUUGGAUUUUUUGGAUGGUCAUCAAUGUAGUGCUGAUGUUCAUUUCGCUUUCUUUAUACAGUAUACUGUUUGAUUUGAUUGUGCGUUCCAAGCUCUAUGACAGUUAUAUACCUAUUUCCUUUUAAAAUAAUUUUUCCAAAUGGAUGUAUUUGCAUCAUAGUUUAUUUAUUUUUGUCGUAAUUCAAUCAAUAUAUUUAGGCUUAUCGAAACUGAUCAUAUUCGACACUUCCAAUUUUUUAAUGUUCACUUCAGUGAGGACGGUUUGAGUAAAUUGUCCAACUAAGUGUAAAUGUCAGAAAUCGUAUGUGUAUAUGUAUUGGAUAUGGCUUGAUUGGUGGAGUAUUAGAAUGUGGAAUUGUUUUCAUCUAGUAUUAUAUGCUCGUUUUUAUCCUUCUAAUGGUAAUGCAUUGGUUAAAUAUGACAAUUUGUUCGCUAUACCUAGUAGCAUGCUUGUCAUGCUUCUAUUUUCUUUUUGACGUAAUAUUAAAAAUUUCCUUUUUACGUAGUAACGUGACUUUACAUCAAAUAACUAAAGUACAUUUUUCUAGAUGCUAAUUUUGUCAAGUAUCUUCGUGCGUGCGUGUGUGUGUCAUGAUCUAAACAAUUGAAUCAUAUUGACAACUUUGUUUUUGAUAUUUCCAUUUAUUCUUUGAUUAAUAUUGGUAAUAUUAAUGAUGAUAAUAAUCUUCAUUUAUUAGGUAAUUAUCGGGUAGAUUCUCGGAGUAACAGACAAGAUUCAUAUAAUAUUGGCGGUUCUCUGAUGAAAUCAGGGUCGCCUAAUCUUCCGGGCCGUGGAAGUUACUCUAGAUCAUCUGAUCGAGGACGUGAUGAAAAUGGUCCACAACAUAACAAUGAUCGACGUCAGAUACCUGAAAAAGUAGUUGUGAAAAAUCUUCCAUUCUCAUUUGAUUCACAUGAUGUGAAAAGAAUAUUCAGAGAAGUUGGAGAUCUAAACACUUGUAAUCUGGUAACAGACUCUCAAGGUCAAUCUCAAGGAAUCGCAUUUAUCACCUAUGCAGAUAUUGAUGGUAUUUAUCGUGCAAUAGAUGCUUUUGACGGUAAAAUAUUUGAAGGACGACGUCUUCGAGUGCAUGCUGAAUAAUAAUAUUAGAUUGGAUUACGGUUUAUCUUACUUUUACAGAAAAUGUAUUCUUCGUAUUAUACGAACAGUUAUGCACCGUCGAAUGUUUUUAUCGUUUCCUCCAGUUUGUGGCAACGUUCAUUUCUUCUUUACUGUAUAUCGAUAUUAUUGUUGUUACUAUGUUUCCACCUGUGAAUGAACAUUGUUUGUUAGGUACAUGAAAUUCUUUUCAUUGCUUACACGAUAAACAAUGAUAGUAAUAAUAAUAAUCACAAAUGCAUAUGGGUUUAUAAAAUGUUUUAUUUUUUCUGUUUCCCACCAUUUUCGGAUUUUCUAUCUUUUUAUAUUUAUUGUUGUUGCCCGACGCAUUUUUAUUGUCCGUUUGUUGUUUUCACUUUCAUGCUGUUAUUACCGUUCAAAAAAUAAUCAUCGUCAUAACCACUAUGGUUACUAAGGAAAUAUAACAUUUUUCUAUUAUGUGUUUCUGUAUUGUUACGUUCUAAUGUAAAUUAGUGGUUGUUACGAAAAUAUGCAGUAAUAAAUAGAUCUCUUAGCUUUUUAUUAAUGGAUAAUCUGACACUCUUUAGAGUAUGCAAUCCUAUGCGUCCACUUUUUAUGUUCCAAUGCGAAAUCAUGUCAGAUAGUGUCGAUUGAUUCGAGAGUGAUGGAGGAAGUUACCAAACGGUGACUUUGAGUGGUGUGACUACAGUGUAACAUAGGCUGUUUGAAUUCAUGAAAUAUUAAUAACUUUUUCUGCUCCGGUGAAUAAGUCUUUUGGAAUGAACCAAUAUAUGUCAAUUUAGUGGUCUUAGGGUAAUACACUCGUCGGGGAUCGUACCUUCGAUAUCGCGUACUGUCGUCAUUAGGCGCUACUGAGGAGGUCACAUUAAGACGAAAUGACUGUUCUUCUGUUUUCCAAUAAUUGUCCAACUAACUUUAGCCAAUUGUGUAAUCUACCUGCAAACUGAACGAUCUCUACACACUUCUCAUGAUUUUUCCGUAAUAAUAAUCUCUUAUUAGAUGACAUCAAAUAUUUUUGUUGAAUCGAUAACUCAACAAAUAAUC